AUGACAUUCAUUCCUCUUCUGGUAGCGCUCGCAUGCUUACUGUGUCAUGCGGACGCAAAAAUUGACCACAACCGCGACCGACAGGUGGAUAAAACGGAGAAGGGGCAGAUUUUGACCCAGAAACACGAAGAACCUGAUCACUAUCAAAAAUCAUAUACUGAGAUUUUCAAGUCGAAACGAAGAGAUCAGAUUGGAGCAAUCGAAUCGAUCGUUAACAUCGAAGAGUCGAAAAGAAGGCAUUAUGUUGAAGAAGUGGUCAAAAAUGUGAAGCUAAUAUUGGAACAAAAUCGUGAAACCCUGGAGCGAAUCGGUCAUCGAAGCACCGACCCAUUUCCCCAUAACAGCGAAACAUUGAAAAAUGCUUUGUCAAAGGUUCUUGAAAACAUCGCCUUUUUUGCUGACCUAUCUGUAAGGCUCCCGUUUCUAGAGAAAGUGAUGCACAAAAAUCGUAAACUCCGAACAGUGGUCGUAUGGGCUUACAACUAUGCAAAAGAAAGCGGUCUCUGUGACAGUGCAACAUAUAAAGUUCUGGAUUUGAUGGCACAACAACAGGAAAUUAUUCCCAGAUCCGAAAAGUUCGUAAAUCCUUACGAUAAAGAACAGGCCAAGAACCGGCUGAAUGAACUUGCACGUAAAGAACAGCAAAAGCGAAACGAAGAAAAGCAGAAAAAGAUGGCGAAGAAAAAUAAAAAAAUCACAUUGAAAGAGUUGAAGGAUCUCGCCGACGACAAUGAAAUCGACUUAUCUGCUCGAGGAUUGACCUCAGUUCCUAAAUCAUUGCCGCAGGUCCCACGUUUGACUCAUAUCGAUCUCGGGUCAAACAAAAUUACAUUCUUGCCUUAUUCGCUAUGUGCAAUGACUCGACUUGUGAGGCUGGAGUUGGGCAGCAAUUUGAUUGAACAUCUUCCCGACAAUAUCGGAAGUCUUAUUCAUCUGGAACAUCUUGAUCUCUACAAUAACCAAAUCGAGGAGUUACCUCUCUCAUUUUCUAACCUCAACGCAUUGAAGUGGCUUGAUCUGAAGAAAAACCCUCUGGUCCCGGAAUUGCUCAAGGUAACCGGCAAUUGUGGAAGCGAAAAGGAGUGUCGACAAGCUGCUGUUAACGUUGUUGCUUACAUGAAAGAGUUGUCAAAAGCUCACGAAAACCAGAUGCUGAAACAACAGAAAGUGAACGAAAAGAUCCAUGAAGUAAGAGAAGCCAAGGAACCUACUCACAAGAACAAGAAGAAACACCACAACAAAAAAGAAGAGCACCCUGGUGUUGUCAAGCACAAUGAAGUUUCGCACGCGAACAAUAAGCCAAAAUUCUCGCAAAAGGAACCGAGAAGAGAAAAGGAGGUGACUAAAACGGUCAAGACUCAACGAGGGUUCCUAGUCAGAAUGAUUCGGUUUCUCUUUAAAUUCGGUCUCACAUUCGGAAUUUUUGCUGCGCUUGCCGCUACUGCUACGAUUCUCCUAAAUUGUGCUGAUGGCGCUAAACAUAUUAAGGGUAGCAAGCCGCUUUGUGCCGAUUUAACGAAGCUGUCCGAGUUCAAGAGCCCAUCUCCACAGUUCUCGACCAAUGUUCGGAACACAUAUGGUGUUGUUUUUAGCAGCUACUAUGGUAGGAUACAACCAGGUCUGAGCGCAAUCGAGCAAAAAUGGAAUGGAUUCUACCGUGAAUUUAUCAAAUCUGAUAUUGGAAUCACUGUUGACAGAUAUUACCAUAAGGUACAUGGAUUUGUUGUUGACAUCUCUUUAAAAACGGCACGGUUCUUGGAAGCAAAGUGGAAAGUUAUUCAACAGUGGUGGGAGAGGAGUGGUCGUGCACAGCUGGAAGGAGUUGUAGAUACAGUUGAGGUUGCUGUUGGUGUGCUCUUCGAAAUAGCAAAGGAUAUAUUCAAUUUGACAGCAGAAGCUCUGAAAGCAUUCUACCACCGCGUCGAGGUGUUCGUCGCAAAUUGGUCCAAUCGCGGUCUUGCCAAAGCCAUUGAAGCUGGUUUAUAG